CCUCAUAUUGAUAUCAAUAUCUUCUUUAAAAAAUCUAGUAUCAGUCAGGCUCUAGUUCACGUGACAUUUCCUCCCACCAACCACAGCGCCAUGAACCCACAGACACCUGAAGAAACCUGAAAAACUGCUUUGACUGCAGAGCUCUCCAUUGACAGGCCAAGUGGCAUUCUUGCUGCAUACACCGUGCUGUGCAUAGCUGCUAUCACCUCGUGUUGGGACCAGCAAACAGUCAACUUGAAUACAAUUAUUAGUUUAUUUUUUUGGCUUGAUUUUUGCUUUGUGGCGCAACUAUAACUAAAAUCAGAUUUGUCAGGAUGGAAAGGACUCGAACACUGUUGCUGCUUUUUAUCUCAGGAUUUUGCUCCUUCACUCUGGGGUCUUCAGAUUUUCACCUCAUUAGAACUUCAGCGACUUAUGAGAAAGCAAAGACCUUCUGCAGAGAGAUGUACAGUGAUUUAGCCACAAUCCACAACGCAACAGAUAUGAAUAAUUUGAUCACUUUGGUUGGAGAUGAAUCUCCCAGAGCCUGGAUAGGACUGGAGGCUGCAGAUGUGUGGAUGUGGCACUGGACAUGGCCUGACAAAGGGGUGGAUUUUUUAAACUGGAAAGCAGGUCAACCACUAAACACGAAUGAAGAUGCAUGUGCGGCAAUGGAUGAAAAUGGAAGGUGGUUUGAAAGCGAAUGUGCAGUGAGGAGACGUUUCGUUUGUCAGGGCAACGUUUUUGUCGCUGAGACCAAAUCAUGGAGGGACGCUCAGAAUCACUGCCGGGGCUUAUCGUCUGAUCUCGUCAGCAUACUCUCCUCGGCGCAGAAUGAGGCAGUGCAUAAUGUGUCUGGGUCACAAGAGGUGUGGAUUGGCCUCUUCAAGGAUACCUGGAAGUGGUCUGACGGGAGCAACUCAUCAUUCCGUUUUUGGAAACCCGCUCAGCCAAGCUACCUUGACCGUCAGCACUGCACCGCUGCCAUAUUCAAAGAUGGGGGGGAGUGGAACAACCUGAGAUGUACCAGCAAUCGCAAUUUUGUUUGUCGCGGGGCAGUGAAAUCAAUCCUGACAACCACCAGUCAGUCGAGUGCUCAGCCUACGACAGAGCAACUGACAACAAAUAUGCCAACUCCUUCGAGCGCAUCAUCUCCUUCAAAUGCUACUAAUGUUACCACCACCGAUGCAACAACUGCCAGCGAGCUGACAUUGCUGAACACCACAGUUUCCAAUACAGCAAGCGUGGAGCUUAACAAUGCAACCACAGGAAUGUCAAAUGUGACAACGACUCAGCUAACUCCGGCGACUGCUGUGCAAGUAACUACAGAUGGUGACUCUGCAUCAACAACCCUGAACACCACACUUUCCAAUACAUCGAGCACUGAGCUUAACAAUGCAACGACAAAAAUAUCAAACGUAACAACACAGCUAACUCCGACGACGGCCGCACAACUAACUACAGAUGGUGCCUCCGCGCUAACAACUCUGAACACCACACAGAACACAACUCUGCAGCCUACAGACAGCAGUCCGAGUUUGACUCCUGGAAACCUGAUACUAAUCAAGAAAAACAUGACAUGGAUUGAAGCUAUGAGUUACUGUAGGAAGCACCAUAUCGACCUCGUCCACAUCACCACCAGAGAUGGUCAGGCGAGGGUGGCUGAAAAGGCAAGGAACGCCACAUCUCCCUAUGUGUGGCUCGGUCUACGCUACACCUGUAGCUUUAACUUUUGGUUCUGGAUCAAUUCAGGUACUAACUGUUACCUGAACUGGGCACCAGGACAAGGACCUGAAGGGAAAUAUGACUGUGGCUCCACAGGUGCCAUUGAGGCCACAGGGGGGCAGCAGUGGGUCGGCUUGCCUGAGACAGAAAAGCUGAAUUUCAUCUGUUUUUCAUGUGCUCGAUGAGAGUUGAGGGCUUGUGACACUUCAGAUGACAGAGAGUUUUGAAAUGUGUGCUGGUUUAUACAAGCUUUACUGUUUCAGGAUGAUAUUUUUUUGCAGAGAUUGAUUACUUUUGAUCACUAUAACAUCAGGCUUCACCCGAGAUAUCAUGGCUGAUUUUAACACUCACUUGUGACGUCAUCUUUCUACCUUUGUUGAAAUACAGCUGCCUCCUCUAUUGUGUAAGAGUGAAUUUCAUUAUAUGAAGAAAAAACCCUCAUGCGGUGCGUGUAGGCGUGCACAUUCACAGUCAUGGGCAGCAAGAGUAAUGUGAGAACAUUGAUCCGUUCUAUGCCUUUCACUCAGGGGUUACUAUUUGCAUGUUGACCCCAUGGGUUGGGCCCCAAGAUUGUCUUUUUUAGACCACCAGAGUAUGGCCCCCGAUCCAGACUGCCUGCUGCCCUCACUGACCUGACCUUCACUAGCAGUGACAUGGAAGUCAGAGCGCACAGACGCUCACCUUCCUGUCUGCACCCUUGAGGUGCACGGAGCAUCUUUAACCAUGGGAACUGGAAAUGAUACAUAUUCAUGGAAAAUUGUCUUCCAUUGAUCAUAAAUGCAACAUGCACUUUAAAAUGUUUAUUUUCACUAGACAUUAACUUGCUUCCAUUUUUGAAACCAGGGACUCCAGAUUGAGGCUGCACAGUUGACUGAAAUAUGAUCAGAAUAACAUUAUAGCUGCAUAUGUUUUUGUGUUUCAAAAUACAAAUCAACAACAACAACAACAACAAAAAAUGGACAUUUUACUCAAAUGGCAUUAUUGUAUUAUAAGUGCAAUAUCCAAGUGGCAUGAAUUUUUUGAUAGGGGUUGAAUUUGAAGCAAAGCGUUUUUAAUGAAGUCCUUACAGUGUUGUUAUUGAGGGCAUACUUGAGUAAAAGUCUUGAAGUUUCCAACAUUAAAUGUACUUAAGCAUCAGAAGUACAGAUAAAGGUAAUUUGUAUUUAGAUUUACAUGUAUGUAUGUAUCUAAGCUCUGUAUCAUAGCCACAAAAAGAAGGUUACUGAAUAUUUACAUGUAUGUAUAUAAUGUAUACUGUGGGUUAACUGCUUAUACUUAUGGUUCGGCUGCUUGGUAGAUCUUAUAUUCAGCAUUCGUGUGAUUAUCAGUAUCAGGGUUUUUUUGGUUGUUUGAAUCUAGAGUAACUAAAAUGAUCACAUAAAUGUAGUGGAGUGGAAGUAUGAAGUAGCAGAAAGUGGAAAUACUCAUGUAAAGCACCUCAACACAUUAAGUAUAGUAAUUGAGUAAAUGUACUUAGUUAAAUCCCAUCACUACUGUAGAGCUGCAGAGACUCCCUGGCUGAGAAGUCUUGUUCUCCAGAUGAAGGAAAACAUUUUUUUGUACAGACUCCAACCAAUAUAAUUACCUUAGUAAAAAUAAAAAAUAAAAAACAAAUAAAUAAAAAAAAAAAACGAUUCCCAAUAAUCAUGAGUGGAUCAUAUCUGAAGAAAUAUUGGGAAUCUGAUUUUUUAGGAUACAUAGCAGCCCGACUCCAGAUAUGUUUGAACAGGCUUCAAUUGUCAGAUGGUUGAUUUUAAAGUCGAUGUUACUUGCAGAACAAAAAAGUGGUUGUGUGAAGAAUUGGGAAAAUAAUCUGCACUUAAUACUGUAAGUCAUUAUAACUGCUGUUACUGAUAUUGUAUACAUACAGAAGUGAGUCCUUGCACCACAAACUGAUAAUAAAAUUAUAUCUAUAUAU